GUUACCCCCGCCCCGCCAUGGCCAUGCCAGCACGGAGUGCUGCAGCAGCCCCCCAUCCUCAAAAUCCAAUCUUUUCUGUCACCCUUUUCAUGGAUACGCUGCUGUGAUCGAAGUUCCGUUUUUUUUUUUUUUCCCUACCCUGCUUCAAUUGCCGCCGCGAUGGUGACGACGACGACGAUUGGCAAUCUCUUCUGGGUCUUCAUCGGCACGGUGGUAUCGCUGCUCCUGCUCCGUCUUCUGUUCCGCAAGACCGGACCUUUCCACCUCCUGAAGCGGUGGUGGAGGUCGACCCAGGAUUGGUUCUAUGCCUACCAGGUCCUCAAGGUCCCCGAAUUCAACGACGCCAUGCAGGAGAACCCCCUCUACCGCAGCGUCUCCGCCUACCUCAACUCGCUCCCUUCCUUGGAGGAGUCCGAUUUCACCAACCUCUUCACCGGCAAGAAGCCCAACGACAUCCUCCUCUGCCUCGACCCGAACCAGACCGUCGACGACCUCUUCCUGGGCGCCAGGCUCUCCUGGACCAACGACCACAGAGGCGAUCGGAGGGCCUUCGUUUUGAAGAUCAGGCGGGCCGACAAGAGGAGCAUCUUGCGCCCGUAUCUCGAGCACAUCCACGCCGUGUCCGACGAGAUCGACCGGAAGAAACGAGACUUGAAGCUCCACAUCAACGCCGACGGAGUCGUCAACGACAGGGGCUCGGGGAGAUGGAGAUCCGUCCCGUUCACGCACCCUUCGACGCUGGACACCAUCGCCAUGGAGCCCGACCUCAAGAGCAAGGUGAAGUCCGAUCUCGAUUCCUUCCUCAAAGCCAAGCAAUAUUAUCACCGUCUGGGCCGCGUCUGGAAACGGAGCUUCCUCCUGUACGGCCCUUCCGGUACCGGGAAAUCGAGCUUCGUGGCUGCCAUGGCUAAUUUUCUGUGCUACGAUGUCUACGACAUCGAUCUGACCAAGGUGAAGGACGACUCGGAUCUAAAGGUGCUCUUGAUGGAAACCACCGCCAAGGCCGUGAUCGUCAUGGAAGACCUGGACCGGUUCUUGGCGGACAAGUCGACAGCCCUGAGCGUGUCUGGCAUAUUGAAUUUCAUGGAUGGCAUAUUGAGUUCGUGCUGCGCCGAGGAGAGAAUCAUGGUGUUCACAAUGAACAGUAAGGAACACGUCGAUCCUGCUAUACUGAGGCCCGGUCGGGUCGAUGUGCACAUACACUUCCCCCUGUGCGAUUUUUCGGCGUUCAAGAGCCUAGCUAAUAGUUACUUAGGGGUCAAGGAUCACAAGCUUUUCCCUCAGGUGGAGGAGAUUUUCCAGGGUGGAGCGAGUUUGAGCCCUGCUGAGAUUGGCGAGCUGAUGAUCGCCAACAGGAAUUCCCCGAGCCGCGCCCUGAAGUCGGUCAUCACUGCGCUACAGACGGACGGCUCGGCGAAGAUCGUACGGCGGCUAUCCCAAGACGGGUUGAGGAAGCCGGGGGACGAAUCGGCCGACUCGAGCGGCGUGUUCCUCAAGGAUAGCAAUGCGAUGAAAGAUCUGAGGAAACUGUAUGGUCUGCUGAGGAUGAAAAGCACCAGAAAGUCUCCAUCUUUCGACGAGGCUUCAGGGCAAAAGGAUGGAUGACACAAUUCUUUUCGGGACUGAAAGGAUCUCUCAUUCUUUAUUUCUCAUGGGGCCAAAUAUGAAUCUCCUAAUCCAUGUUCCUGUAAGGGGACUCGAAGGAAAUCGCUGGCCAGAGCUUGGGCAAAACCCGGAGCUCGAAGGGAGCUGAGAAUGCAGUGCAGAAGCUGCUUUUACCAUUCUCCAAAUGCACGCAGUUGCUAAUCCAUUACACAAAGUUCAGUUAGGAGAUUGAUUUUAUCGAAAUCUACGUCCUAUGUUAGAGAAACUCAAACCUUUCAUAUGGCUUUUUUUCUUUGGGUUUUUGUCCCCCCUCUCCCUUGCCCCUUUUGCAUUUUUACGAGGAUUCUUGGUUGGUCAGUUUCAGUUUGUGACUUGUCCUUACGGGGGCAUGUAAAUACAGGAGCAUACAAUUGCACAGUUGUUUCAUUCUUAAAUACGCUUUUGGAUUUGAUAUUGCAGUUUGAAAAGAUAGAAUAUGAAGGCAGAAUUGAAAGCAGUUGGUCGCCACUCCGUAAAACUGCCAAACGAGCGAAGGUGUUGUCCUUGACCCUCUGUAUUUGGACUAAAAGACAACAGACGAAGAAUCAAAAUAGAGCUAGUUUAUGUCAAUUGCUCCAUAAAUAAUUUGUUUCGGGGAAGGAGACUAUGUAGAGGGAGCAGCGGAUCAGGUAAACAACAGUAGUAAACUAGUAAAUUAAGAGUCACGUGGUGUGGCGGGAGUGAAGAGUCUGUGCAAA